AUGAGGGGGGGUUGGAAACCGGCCAGUGCUGAUUCAACAACACUACCUCAGGGGCAUCUUACUUCUGUCGCCCAACAACACUCCACCAGCCGUUUCCACUUGACAGCAGCAGCAGCAGCAGCAGCAGCAGCAGCAGCAGCAGCAGCAGCAGCAGCAGCAGCAGCAGCAGCAGCAGCAGCAGCAGCAGCAGCAGCAGCAGCAGCAGCAGCAGCAGCAGCAGCAGCAGCAGCAGCAGCAGCAGCAGCAGCAGCAGCAGCAGCAGCAGCAGCAGCAGCAGCAGCAGCAGCAGCAGCAGCAGCAGCAGCAGCAGCAGCAGCAGCAGCAGCAGCAGCAGCAGCAGCAGCAGCAGCAGCAGCAGCAGCAGCAGCAGCAGCAGCAGCAGCAGCAGCAGCAGCAGCAGCAGCAGCAGCAGCAGCAGCAGCAGCAGCAGCAGCAGCAGCAGCAGCAGCAGCAGCAGCAGCAGCAGCAGCAGCAGCAGCAGCAGCAGCAGCAGCAGCAGCAGCAGCAGCAGCAGCAGCAGCAGCAGCAGCAGCAGCAGCAGCAGCAGCAGCAGCAGCAGCAGCAGCAGCAGCAGCAGCAGCAGCAGCAGCAGCAGCAGCAGCAGCAGCAGCAGCAGCAGCAGCAGCAGCAGCAGCAGCAGCAGCAGCAGCAGCAGCAGCAGCAGCAGCAGCAGCAGCAGCAGCAGCAGCAGCAGCAGCAGCAGCAGCAGCAGCAGCAGCAGCAGCAGCAGCAGCAGCAGCAGCAGCAGCAGCAUAUUCGUAA